GCCAUGGGGCCGCCGCCCGGGGCCGGGGUCUCCUGCCGCGGUGGCUGCGGCUUUUCCCGAUUGCUGGCCUGGUGCUUCCUGCUGGCUCUGAGUCCGCAAGCCCCCGGUUCCCGGGGAGCCGAAGCAGUGUGGACCGCGUACCUCAACGUGUCCUGGCGGGUUCCGCACACCGGAGUGAACCGCACCGUGUGGGAGCUGAGCGAGGAGGGCGUGUACGGCCAGGAUUCGCCGCUCGAGCCAGUGGCUGGGGUCCUGGUACCGCCCGAUGGACCAGGGGCGCUGAACGCCUGUAACCCGCACACGAAUUUCACGGUGCCCACGGUCCCGGGGGACUGGGGCAGCAGCGUGCAAGUCUCUUGGUUGGCCCUCAUCCAGCGCGGCGGGGGUUGCACCUUCGCAGACAAGAUCCAUCUGGCUUACGAGAGAGGGGCGUCUGGAGCCGUCAUCUUUAACUUCCCGGGGACCCGCAAUGAGGUCAUCCCCAUGUCUCACCCGGGUGCAGGAGACAUUGUUGCAAUCAUGAUUGGCAAUCUGAAAGGCACAAAAAUUCUACAGUCUAUUCAAAGAGGCAUACAAGUAACAAUGGUCAUUGAAGUAGGGAAAAAACAUGGACCUUGGGUGAAUCACUAUUCAAUUUUCUUCGUUUCUGUGUCCUUUUUUAUUAUUACGGCAGCAACUGUGGGCUAUUUUAUCUUUUAUUCUGCUCGAAGAUUACGGAAUGCGAGAGCUCAAAGCAGGAAGCAGAGACAGUUAAAGGCAGAUGCUAAAAAAGCUAUUGGAAGGCUUCAACUCCGCACACUGAAACAAGGAGACAAGGAAAUUGGCCCGGAUGGAGAUAGUUGCGCUGUGUGUAUUGAACUAUAUAAACCUAAUGAUUUGGUGCGCAUCUUAACCUGCAACCAUAUUUUCCAUAAGACAUGUGUUGACCCAUGGCUAUUAGAACACAGGACUUGCCCCAUGUGCAAAUGUGACAUACUCAAAGCUUUGGGAAUUGAGGUGGAUGUUGAAGAUGGAUCAGUGUCUUUACAAGUUCCGGCAUCCAACGAAGCAUCCAAUAGUGCCUCUCCUCAUGAAGAGGAUAAUCGCAGUGAAACUGCAUCGUCUGGAUAUGCUUCAGUUCAGGGCGCAGAUGAACCGCCUUUGGAGGAACAUGUGCAGUCAGCAAAUGAAAAUCUACAGCUGGUAAACCAUGAAGCAAGUUCCAUGGCAGUGGAUGUUGUUCCUCAUGUUGACAACCCAACCUUUGAAAAAGAUGAAACUCCUGAUCGAGAGACUGCUGUUCGAGAAAUUAAAUCAUAA